AUGACGACCUUGAAUACGACGAUGAGUGGGGUCAUGGAGGAGGGCAUCGUGAUGGAGAUACUAAACGAUGCAACGCAAGUCUUGAGGAGGAUGAGGAAGAUAAGGAGCUUGAUGGUGUGUCCUAUGAGAACUUGUGUGGGAGCUUCACUUACCUCCAUGAGCUCAGAGUCCGAUUACAAUGACAGAAAAGGCAUUGAAUAUGUUUUCUGCCUGCAAACAGUCUUCCCGCCUUGGCACCCAAACGAGAAGCGGUGUGCAAACGCAAAAGCUCCUGCCCUCCGUGGCACUUUCUAUCUCCAUGAAGCCAAACACCUCUCCGCUGUUUUGGAUGCCUGCAUCGAAUCCAUCAGUCAUACUCCCAAAUCCCUCAUCUUCAAGAUUGUUGCUGGGAAGCUGCGCAAGUCCUGUUUCACUCUCACCUGGACUAUACCUUGCACAGACUUUCGUGAUAUGUCUCUCACAAGCAUAAAGGAUUGGGAAGGUGUCUUGAAGAAGCUGAAUGAGAAGGGGAGCGCUGCUGCAAAGGUGAAACUGGAUAUGAUUGAGCUUGAACUCCCGCAAUUGGCCUCUACAACCUCUGAAGAUGAGCCGCAAGCAAAGAAACAUCGGACAACGACUGUCGCAGAAGAGGCCAUCAAUGAAGCCAUCCAACAAGUUCGAGCUGAAAACCAUUGUUCUGCGCCUGACAGUGAAUGCCCUUCGCCAUACUGUUUCAUUGGGAACACACUGGGAAAGCACGUGGUCCUUAAUCCGCCUCAACAACACUUGUGGAGAUCCGCACUGGCUGCAAAAGCAGAUGGUGCUACGGCUUCAAAUCCCCCUGAGGAUGCCCAAUUUCGGCCAAUAGCAGACGGCAGUGACAACAAGUCCGCAGAUGAUGUCAGUCUGCUUGCAGCGCGGCACUGA